AUGUCUCUGGGUCUUGGGACGCGCGCUAUUCUCAAACUUGACGAGAUCCGCGAGGGGAUUAAGGCCCGCGGACAGGGUGUUGGGAGCGGUGGUGGUGGUGGGGAUGGAUCGGAAGCGUGUGCGACAUGUUUGGCUAUUAAGAAGAAGGGGUAUCGGGUUGAGGGGAGAGACUGGGAGGAGCAGAGACAGGCGAUGUCGAAGAGAGACCAUGUUGCCGUCUCACAAGAGUGGUACAAGAGUCUGAAAUCGGCUACCGCAAAGAAAAACAAACCGUAG